GGAGGCAACGGCCAUGGAGGCGGCGGCGGCGGCGGGGGGCUCUGAGGCGGCCUCUGAGGCGGCCUUCUGCCUGCAGAAAUUUACCAUAACAGAUGACUCUGAAGAUGAUUAUCAGUAUGAAGAGGUUCCAACAGAUGAUGAAUUUAGUCUUCAGGAAGAUGAUGAGGAUCUGUCAAAGGCUUUGCAGACUAUUCAAGAGCAGGCUGAAGAUGCCCAAAUUUUAGCUUUGCAAUCAGUUCUGACUUCGGAGAAAUCAGUGUCUGAAAUACCUGAAGCAAUGGAUGACUUCUUCUGCAAUUUUCUGGUCAGACUGGGAAUGUCCAGAACCCUUGACUGCUUUCAAACAGAAUGGUAUGAGCUCAUAGAGAGAGGUGUGUUCACAGCUGAAGAUACUGGAUUGGUUCCAACUGCCUAUACCCGCAACCAGCAACUUGAGGCUGAGAAUAUGCAUUUGAGGAAAGAUUUGGAAAACUAUAAACUUGCUGCAAACAAAGCAAAAGAGGCUUUCCUAAAAAUGCAGAAAGAACGUGACUUCCAUCGAAUGCAUCAUAAGCGAGUGGUCCAGGAGAAAAGCAGGCUUAUUAGUGACAUUAAAAGGCUGAAGGCACAUUAUGCUUCAUAUGAACCAGUGCUGAAGCAGCUGACGGAAAAAUACCAAACUGCACUGAGACAGAAAAUGUUAACUAGUUUGGAGAGAGACAGAGCAGUUGGGCAGGUUACAGGGUUGCAAGCCGCAUUACAAAAUUUAGAGUCUGGAUGUGCUAUUCAGAUUCCUGUCACAAAAGCAGGCCAUGAUUGUCAAAGGAAGAAAGGGUUGGGUCCCACCCAGAAAGCUCUGCGGGAAGCCAGGCAGCAAAAAUUCCUUGAUGCUGAAAGCUCUUCCUAUGAUCCCAUCAAAGAUGCAGAGGAGAAGAUAGGCAAGACACUCAAAGAGAUCCCUGUUAAUACUCAAGUGAACCCAUACCUUGUGCAUGCUAAAGAAUGUACUCAACCAGUGAAAUCUGGAGAGUAUAAACUGAGAAACAUUUUAAAAGUGCGUGACUUAGCAGUGAGCUGCUUGGCUUUACAUACCUGAAAAGACAUUGUAGUCACUGGCAGCGAUGACCACCUCUGGAAAAUAUGGGCCUUACCUGAUGGGAACAUCAUCAUGACAGGUGAAGGUCAUACUGAUUGGCUUUCGGGCUGCUGCUUCCACCCAAGUGGCAACCACAUGGUCACCUCAAGUGGGGAUACCACACUGCGGAUAUGGGACUUUUCAAAACUUGGAUGCAUUCUGACUUUGGAAGGAUAUGCCCACACUAUAUAAGACUGCUCAUGGCAUUCAUGCGAUGAUUUUGUGGCUUCUGCCUCCAUGGACAACAAAAAUAAAAUAUGGGAUGCUAACAUCGAGAGAUGCAGAUAUACAAUGUAUGGUCAUAAAGAUUCAGUCAAUAGCAUUGAGUUUCUUCCUUUCUCCAACACUGCUCUCACUAGCUUUGCUGACAAGACUUUAAUCUCUCUGGGAUGCCAGAAUGAUCUCUGUGUUUACACAUUCUAUGGUCACCUGCAUUCUUGUAAUCAUGCUACAUUCAACAUGAAAGGUAGUACAGUUGCUUCCUGCGACUCCUCUGGUGUGAUGAAGCUCUGGGACAUUCGGAAGUCAGCCAUAUCUGUAGAUGCAGGCCCGCAUCCUGCCAACCAGAUCAUCUUUGAUCAUUCUGUUAGGAUUCUAAAACAACUUUUUCUACCUAAGACGUGGUUUAUUUUGAAAUAUCUCUAA